AUGGCCGGAGCAGAGCUGGCAUGCCAGGCCCACGAAAAAGGCACUCGUCAGUCGGGAAGGUUAUCUGUGGGGAACUGCGCGGCGUCGCGGCACGCCGGUGAGUCGUGGGCGGACGACGGCGAGUGGGAGGAGGCGUCGUCCACGUACGAGGACGGCGACCACCACCACCAUCACCAUGACGCGUCGGAGGAGCACCUAUCGGAGGUGACGAUCAGGAUCACCAGGAGGCAGCUGCACGAGCUGAUGGAGAGGAAGACGCCCGGCGGCCGGGGUAGCAGCACCCGGCAGCUGCUGGCGGACAUCAUGGACUCCGGGGAGGUGCACCACCAUGACGUGCACCGGGAGGAGCACUGGAGGCCCGCGCUGCAGAGCAUUCCGGAGGCCGUCGAGUCGUGACGAGACUUGGUGGUGGCUACGUACGUACUUACUUACGUAUGCUGCCCCUGCCGGGCUGUGUGUGCGAAAGAGCGAAACAGAUUAAAGUUGCCAUUUCCCUCCUAGCCUCUUUUCCCUUUUCUCGUUCCCACGGUGUGUUUCCAUGUCCUUGAAUGGUUGUCCAUGAUCAUGCAUUUACAAAUAUUGGAUUUGGAUAGUUCGUUCAAUUUGUCACUGAUGUAGUAGUACAUAAGAUAUACGUCUAGGGAAAUACGUAACAAAUUGUCACUGAUGACCCUCAAAAAAAAAUUGUCACUGAUGUACAUAGGGUGUAG